AUGGAGGUUGUCUACAAAUGCUUUGGAUGGACCCCAACAAAUAAGAGAACAAUGAGAGAAAAGGAUUUCUUCAGACAAUACUCGACCAGAUCAAUUGUAGACUCAAGCAGGAUCACCGUUCAGAGGGAAACCGCAUCCGGCAGUUUUGGUAAAAUCUACAAAGGAACAGUCUCUCCUAAGAACAUUUCCGUCGCCCUAAAGAUUUCCUACUGCGAAGAUUCAAAUAAGCGAAGAGACUCGGCAAUUCAUGAAAAUCUGCUGCACAUCGAAGCGGAAAGUAUGAUGGACAUCGACCACUCCAACAUCGUAAAAACAUAUGGCGUCUCUUUCAUUCAAAACAACUUCGCCAUCGUUUUGGAGUGGAUGGAUGGUGGCUCCUUGAAAAAUCUACUUUUGAAAAACGAUCUUUCUCAGAAGCGACAGAUUGAAGUGCUCUGCGAUGCUGCCAAAGGAAUGCAUCAUUUGACGAGACAGAAUAUUGUUCACCGAGACUUGGCGGCGAGGAACUGUCUGCUAGACGGAAAUGGAACGGUGAAGAUUGCAGAUUUUGGGCUAUCGAGGGUUAAUUCAACGAGGAAUGGCCAUUUCUCCCGCAAAAAAUCCUUCAUCCGCCAAAUUCCCAUCCCGAUGAGAUGGAUGCCAAAAGAAUCAGUAGACAUGCACUUUUUCGACGAAUUGACUGAUGUUUGGAGCUUCGGCGUUCUGAUUUACGAAGUUCUUUCAAAAGGUAUGCUUCCGUACAAAAAGCAGCAGUUUCGAUCGGUUACUGACUACGUUGCCGCGCUUCGAAACCCAAAAAUUUCAAUCGGAGAAAUGGUUGAUCCAGAACCAAUACUGCUAAAAUUGAUGAAGCAAUGCAGAUCGCUAGAAAGAAAAGAUCGACCAAGAUUCAGAUUCAUCAAAGAAACACUCAUUCUAGCGUCUCAACAGCUAGAAUGA